CAUUUUACAAACAAAAUUACGAUUUCUUCGAAAGACAGUUAGGUGAAUGUGGAUAUAGUUUGCGAAUACAUAAACGUUUGGAUGCAACUAGUUAACACAAAGAAUAUUUUUUAAAGAUGAACGACGCCAAGGUAAGCGUCAGUUUUUCUUGCCAACGUUGUUUGCAGCCCAUCCAUGUCGAUGACGCAUUUGCUAGUCUGGGCGAGCAUACGCUGGCCGAACUGGCCCUACCAAUUCACUCCCACUUGGAAAUAGACCUGGAAUCGCAGUCGGCCAGCUUCGACCACUUCGUACCGCCGUUUCGAGUAACAGAUUCUACGAAUGAUACCAAUGGAUUUAUGUUGCUCUCCGAUGGCCCCGAUAAAGAAUCGCUUGGCCAUAGUCUUCGUAUCAAGGCGGAGCUGUUUGAUACGCUAUCUAAUAAUGCAGAGAUUGACCAUCCACUUUGUGACGAGUGCACCGACACACUUCUUGAACUGAUGGAUAAAGAACUAAAGAUUGCUGAAGACGAGUGGAACGAUUAUAAUAACUAUCUCAAGAAAUUAGAAAUGACGGAUGAUGUGCCAAAUAUUGCAGAGCUUGAACAAGAGCUUGCCACAUUGAAACUCGACGAAAAGGAGCUGCUGGAUGAACUCGCUGAACUGUCGCGCGAAGAACAAUCCGUUCGUCAAGCGGUAGACGAGCAGGAGAAGGAAAGACAACGGCUCGAAUGCGAGGAGACCAAGUACUGGCGAGAAUAUACGAAGCAUCGACGCGAUGUCAUAACCACCGAGGACGAGUUUCGUUCACUUGAAUGCCAGAUGGCAUAUGCUCAGAGUCAGCUAGAGAAGCUGAAGAAAACCAAUGUAUUUAAUGCCACUUUUCACAUCUGGCACUCUGGGCACUUUGGCACUAUUAAUAACUUUCGUCUUGGGCGGCUUCCGUCAGCACCGGUGGAUUGGUCCGAAAUAAAUGCAGCUUGGGGUCAAACCUGCCUUCUUCUGUCUGCUUUGGCGCGCAAAAUGAACUUCACUUUCAAGCAGUACCGGCUCGUACCGUACGGAAAUCAUUCCUACAUUGAAGUGCUUGGCGAAAGCAAAGAAUUACCCUUGUACGGUAAUGGUGGCUUUCGUUUCCUGUGGGAUUCAAAAUACGAUGCAGCAAUGGUUGCAUUUUUGGAUUGUUUACAGCAAUUUAAAGAGGAAAUCGUCCGGCGAGAUCCAGAUUUCUGCCUGCCUUAUUUGAUGGAGAAAGGCAAGAUCGAGGAUGCAUCUACUGGAAGCAGUUUUUCGAUCAAGAUUCAGUUUAACUCCGAAGAACAGUGGACGAAAGCACUAAAAUACCUACUGACCAAUUUGAAAUGGGUGCUGACAUGGGUAUCAUCCCAGUUCACCGAAGAAAAAAGAUAGGUGCGUUUCUAUUGGGUCAACGUCAAUCAGGAUUUGGAGAUUAUAAAAUGUGAUAUUACCACCCUGGUAGUUAUCUUCAAUUUAGGGCAAUACCAAACUACAAAUGUUAUAUAAUGGAAUAAACGGUAGGGAAUGAUACAAUAAAAAUACCGAGUUAAUAUAUUGUACUUUUCAUCAUAGUAAUAUGGAUAAUCAGAUGUCAAAACUAAUUUCUAAACUUGUUAGGGUGAUCUGUGACAAAGUGGCGUUUUCCUUAGCUUGCAAUCGAAUAUUUCACUAGAAGUUGAAAGCAAGGUGGGUUCUAAGGGGGAUAGUAAUCACUUUGGUUGAAAGAAGUAAACAGACCAGCGGUGGCAACGUUUACUUAGAAUUUCAGUAUCUCGUUG